GGGUAAUGGACCAGGUGACACAUGGAUCUGCAUGUGCCUAGUUUGUAUCGUACCAAUUCACAUGACAUUGUUUCACCUCCCGAAGGAUCUCUUUCACUCGGUUGUUUAUCCCUGCAGCCGCCAUUUGCCUGUGAGUGUUGUGUAUGCCUUAUUUGCAACUGUCCAGUUUGUUUUAUUGGAUAUAGAUAUGAUUUAUUCUCCAAAUUUAGCCAGUAGGAAGUUGUUUUUUCAAACCAGCACAAUGUGUUGUCCCCUUACAAUUACUAUAUUUGUGUAGUUGAUAGUUUGUCAGUUUACCUGUGGUGUAUUAUGUGCUGAAUGCAUGGUAAAGCCUCGAGUUCAUCCUGCGUGGCAAAGCCUUGAGUUCAGUCUGCGUGUUUCAAACAAGUUUUUAUCGAACUUGUAUCAGUUGUAUUGCUGAACUAUAGAAUGGGCAAGUGAUGGUAUGAUAAUACCAUAAACGAUAUGAUUUAUUCAUGAAUUGCAAUGCAGCGUUCUUUUCCUUAAAAAGCGCGGUGGCCCGGACCAGAGUUAUGCUUGCAGAGAUGGAUUUGUUUUGCUAGUGGAGAUUAUCCUCUCUCUGCAGUUCCACAAGUACAAGCUGAUGAUUGUGGUGAGAUCUGCCCACGUAUCUCCAACAAUGAAUCUCAUUAAUAAUCUGGCUAAUUAAUUCAAGCAUCAAGAGAGUAGCUGUGUCAAGAAUAGGUAGUACCUUUGUGUGUGGAUCAUGAUGGUUACCAAAGGAUACAUGUUACGUGUGGCACUACUCACGGUCAUACUGAUGGCCACAUCCAAAACUGUAAGUGGUGAAUUUAUUCUCACUGUCAACUUGGUCAACUACACCAACCCAACCGGACUGUGUGCUGAAUGUCAGACUAGACUGAUCAACGUGACAAGUGCUGACCAGCUACCAGUGUGCUGUGAUGAGCUACCAUUCAAAUCUGGUAACUGUGACAACACAGGAGAGGAGAAAUGUGACACCAGGUUCCGUUGGACCAUCAGACCAUUUGGUGCAUCACUGGAGGCAAGACCCCCCAGUAUACCCAAUGCUGCCAACCCUCCAUAUUUUUUCACAAACUGUACAAUGUCCCCCAGCACUUGCCCGUUUAGUGAAAUGAGCACAACAUUCGAUCAAGGUCUAACAGCUCUACUGGGAGUAACAGAAAAUCCUCUGCCAGUUUCAAAAACAGAUUUUACUAUGUGGACAGGACGAAUUCAGUUCUUCAUAGAAGCCGUGGAUAGUGGACUCCCAAACAUAAUAGACAGUCUGUUGAUUAACCUGGACAAUCUCCAACUUGGAGCAGACUUCACAGAGGAGAUGACGUUCACUGGAUUCCACAACAUAUCUCACAUGACCAUGAGUUUCAGAGUCGAGUGCUCUCCUGGUUUCUGUGGACCUGACUGUACCACCACACCUCAGACCAAUCCACUAGUAGCGACAUGUCAAGCUGAUGGUAGUCUAACAUGUACUAACAACCGAUUAGACCCUUCACCUCUUGUAGCCUGCAACGACUGCCUCUACAACCUGGAUAUUACUACAGGCUGCUCCACUUGCGUACAGACCAGCUAUGAUCCCUCUACCAACUGCACCCAGUGUCUACCAGGCUGGGACAUCACUUCGGACUGUACUAGUUGCCUACCCAACAGAGACCCAGACCCAGUCACCAACUGCUCCCUCUGCCUACAACCAGAUAGGUUCACUGAUACAGACUGCAGUGUGUGUGCUCUACCAGGAGGGGACCCAGCAACACUCUGUCAAACAUGCUUGGCCACUAACUUUGACCCUAACACAAAUUGCUCUGAAUGCAUAGGCAAUCUUGAUCUCAGCUCCAGCUGCUCCACUUGUUUGCCUGGAUAUGAUAGUAGCCUUAACUGUGCACUGUGUCUAUCUGGACGAAACAUAUCCACAAGAUGUACCACCUGUCUGGCUGGAUUCACUGGAAGUAACUGUGAACCUGUGUCUUCUGUGAAUGGUGGUCUUGUGGGUGGUAUAGCGGGUGGAGCUCUCUUCCUGGUGAUAAUCGUCUUGGUGAUCAUUGUGUGUGUGCUCGUGUGUAAAAAUCGAAGGAGAGGUCACAUCAAAUUUGUUUCAGAUGAAGGAGCAGCUCGUAAUGCUUACGAUAAUACUGGAACUGGAACUGGAAGUGGAUCGUCAGCAGAACAUAAGUUUCAGAAUUCGAUAUAUGGCCCUGGAUUGGAAAUGGACUUAAAGACUGGAACAGGGUCAUCAGAUGAUCAUGCAUUUACUAAUUCACUGUAUGAGACUUCAAAUGUGAACACGGAAGAUGAUUAUUCUCAAUUACGCCACCCUAGUGUCAGCCCACCCUCACAUACGGUAAAAACAGGCACCCAGGAUCUCACGUCUACUCUCGAUGGACCAAUGUAUGAUACAGCCAGCUAUCCUGAUGACAGCCAGCCAAGAGAAGGCACACCUGUUAAUGACACAGCUGAUCAUACUCAUCGACUACCUCCUACCAACCCACCGGAUGAAGACUAUUCUAAACUGCGUCAACCUCCGGUAACAAGCGUAACACCUCAACCAUCUUCUUCUCUGGCUGACUAUGAUACAGCCACAUUUAUUGAGCAGCCGGUCUAUGACGAAGCCUUCCCUCCUCCAGACGAUUCACUUUCUAAGAAAGGAACCAGGCAUCCAUCAAAGUCUGCUGGAGCUUAUGAAGAAAUUGAAGAUGAAGAUAUUCGUGGGAGAGACGAGUACGAUACAACUUACCCUCCUCCUUCAGUUAUACCUAGUGUUAAUGCGUACUCGAAAGUGGGUAAGCAUGAAGCUGAGCUUCCUGCAUACGAUGUAGCAAAUAAUCAUCACCUGAAACAGGUACAACCUAAAGCUCCACCUCCUAAUGGAAGUCUGUACGAUACUGCCGAUUAUCCCCAAGAGCAAGCAACUCGACCUAAACAUAACUAUACAGAAACUAGCGACUUUCUUCCUCCUUCGAUAAAAAAGGAAACGUCUCAACACACUUAUGAUUAUGCAGACGCAAGCGAAUUCCUUUCUGCUUCCUCCUCCGCCAAACAUUCGUAUGACUAUGUGGACAAUCCUAUAGAUAGUACAAAUGCAUUGCCCCCUGCAUUGGCCCCCCUGGCUAGCUCUGUGUACACGAACACAAUGCCUGACAAGAUAACACUUGAGGCCGAGGCUCAUUAUGACCUAGGGCAGUGAGUGAAUAUGUUCGUUUUGUAUUAUUUUUAGAAGUGUGUGUUGUGUGUUUCACAUUAUCAGAUUAUAAUAUUAAGACUGCAUUUACCUUCAA